AUGACCACAGUGAGUGUUCUCGAAACAAAGAAACUCAAGGAUAUUCCAAUCAUUAAUGGUGAUUUUCCACGGGGUUGGAGAAAAAGAUAUUAUGGCGACUGUUACAAGACAAGAGGCUACUACUUGCUUCUCUAUGUGGAAUCUCAACAUAAUAACAACUCCAUCUUGAACUUUUACGUCACUGAUUUCACAUCCCACAGGCAAUGCACUACUGAAGAGCAAAGCGAUGAGCGAUCUCAUGCAACAAACCUAUUCAACUUAAAAAAAAGUCAAGUUUUGAAAUUGAUUGUACAUCGUGAUAAACUUGGCGAUAUUAGUGAGUCAUAUCAGCAUGCACACCCAAGUUGCAAAUUGGACUUGGUCAAGACAUUUUAUGAUAGUUUUGAGACACAUUUCUUCAUCGAAGAAGAGUUGAUUAUUUUUGGAGUAACAACAAAAUGGAGAACCUAUGGAGGUGUUUUAGAGCCGUACACUUAUGAUUUCGAGGUUGUUAAUUACGAAGAAUUGCUCGAUGAUGAUCGUCUCGUAGUGGAAGAUCUAUAUAAAAAUAUUUUAAAAUACACAAACUUUGUUAAUAAAAGAGAUAUCGAGAUACAAGAAAAUGAAGAAGAAGAAGAAGAGAUCGAGGAAGAAGAAGAAGAAGAAAUGGAAAAGGAAAAGAGAAAAAAAUUGAUUAAAAAAAUUAUACCCAAGAAAUUUUGGCAACCACAGAAUAGUAGCACACAUGAGAAGUCUAGCCUUUUGCUUCCACCGGGAAAACUACCGGGCAUCAAAGUAACACAUGGAAAGGGCAAUAAAACUGGCGUAGUCAGUGAAGCUAGUGAAACUAGUGAAACUGAGAUUCAGGACAGUGUUGGUAUUGAAGAAUAUCGAAACCCUCAACGACUAUCAAAUGAAACACCUGUUUCAACAAGAAAAACAACCUCUAAAAACAUUGUUGAUCAUAACAGAUCACAAAGAGGUUCUGUAAAUAGAUCUGCUGAUAAUUAUGAUGAUGAAUCUAUUGAUGAUUCGGAAGAGCUGGUUAAUGGAAACAAAUUUGCAUUACCACACGCGCAGUUGAAUUUGUCAUCUUUAAAUAACAGCAACGCUAUACAUUGUACACAAACAGUUGGCUGUGAACCUAUGCAACAGAAAAAACAAAGAUUCAACCACAGUAAACCUCGCCAGAAUCUAAAACCAGGUUUCUAUUCAAUUCGUGAUUUGAAUAGUAGAACAAUAUCCACUAAUGAGAAAUGCGAUAAUUUCGAAAGAAGCAAGGUUUUUCCAACAACAUGCAGAAUUAUAGGAACUAGACCAUCGGAUUGGCUACUGCUUUGUGGCGUACCUUUCUCUCAUCGUAUUGAAGAUGAUGAAUCGUAUCCACAGCCCAUGUUAUUCGACAUGGAAAUUGUCCUUGUCGAUGUAGAUGCAAACUUGGAAGAAAUUGAACGACGAGAUAUGCUUUCCAUAUACUUGAACACUUCUCAGGUUUUGAAAUUCUUAAAAGUUCCCGAAGUCAAAGAUGCAUACUAUACAAUGGAAAAAUUGCAAAAGAAGCGGAAAUUGAGCAGCAAAGUUAAUGCAGGAGAAGUUGUCGAUUUAGAGUUGUUUAAAGUUAAAAAAAUGGUAUUUGAUAGGAAGGAACGACUAGUUUGGACUUGUAAUCAUAUACAAUAA